AUGGCGACUUUCGCACGUCCCGUGGCCUCCCAAAUUGCGGGGAUCAACUUUGAUGUCUACUCCGACGAAGACAUCAAAGCGAUCUCAGUAAAGCGAAUUCACAAUACCCCGACUCUUGAUUCCUUCAACAACCCUGUUCCUGGUGGUCUAUACGAUACUGCAUUGGGUGCUUGGAAUGACCAUGUCUGCACAACAUGUCGCAUGAACUCCUGGUCUUGCGCUGGCCAUCCUGGACACAUCGAGCUCCCUGUACAUGUGUACAAUGUCACGCACCUCGACCAACUCUACCGUUUACUGCGAGCGCAAUGCGUCUUCUGUCACCGCUUUCAGAUGUCUCGGACUCAAUUAAGUUCAUACGCUUGCAAGUUGCGCCUCUUACAAUAUGGCCUGGUACAAUCGGUAGCAUUCAUCGACUCUAUGGGAACGAAAUCGUCGAAAUCUGGAAAGAGCAAGGACGCGGACGGAUCCGACGAAGAGGACGAGGACGAGGACGAUCUGAUAACCCGCAGAAAUGCUUACGUCAAGAAGUGCAUCCGCGAGGCACAGACGGCUGGGUUGCUGAAGAGUGUCAUGGCCGGACAGAAGAAUCCGCUGGCUAUGGAGAAAAGGCGGGAUCUUAUAAAGGAGUUUUUCAAGGAUGUCGUGGCUGCCAAAAAGUGCGCCAGUUGCAGUGGAAUAUCUCCAGGCUACCGAAAGGAUCGAGCCUCCAAGAUUUUCCGUAAGCCUUUCACGGAGAAGGGUCGAGCGGCGAUGAUUCAGGCAGGGCUGCAGAUACCGAACCCUUUAAUCCUCCUUCAGCAGGCAAAGAAACUCAACAUCAAAGAGAAGAAAGCGUCCGCGAAUGGCAUCUCCGAUACUGCCAGUGUUACCUCGGAGGCUCAUGGCGCGGAAGAAGAAGUUGCACGCGGAAAUGCGGUUGUGGCACAGGCAGAAAGCAAGAGGCAGGGCGAGACCCAGCAAUACAUGCCAUCGUCCGAGGUUCAUGCGGCGAUCACAUUGCUCUUCGAAAAAGAGGCCGAGAUUCUCAAUCUCGUAUACAACUCUCGACCUACGCCCGUCAAGGACUCUAAAGUCACUGCGGACAUGUUUUUCAUCAAGAAUAUUCUGGUUCCACCAAACAAAUACCGACCUGCUCCACAACAGGCGGGAGGUGCGAUUAUGGAAGCGCAACAAAAUACACCCUUAACCCAGAUUCUGAAGAAUUGCGACAUCAUCAAUCAAAUCAGCAAAGACAGACAGACCCUCGGCGACAGCUCAGCUACCCGUGUUCGGGAUUACCGCGAUCUUUUACAUGCCAUUGUCCAGCUCCAGGAUACUGUCAACGGCUUGAUCGAUCGCGAUAGAAACGGUCAAACUGGAGCCGCUGCAGCAAAGUCUGCAAAUGGUAUUAAGCAGAUCCUGGAAAAGAAGGAGGGUCUGUUCAGAAAGAACAUGAUGGGCAAACGUGUCAACUUUGCUGCUCGCAGUGUCAUCUCGCCUGAUCCCAACAUCGAAACCAAUGAAAUCGGUGUUCCGAUGGUGUUCGCGAUGAGGUUGACUUAUCCGGAGCCUGUCACCAACCAUAACUUCUGGGAGUUGAAACAAGCAGUCAUUAACGGCCCUGACAAGUACCCUGGUGCCAUGGCCAUUGAGAACGAGCUAGGACAGGUCACCAACCUCAAGUUCAAAAGCCUUGACGAACGGAUAGCCUUGGCCAACCAGCUUCUGGCGCCCUCAAACUGGAGGAUCAAAGGUUCGCGCAAUAAGAAGGUCUACCGUCACCUCACUACCGGUGACAUUGUCUUGAUGAACCGACAGCCGACACUGCACAAACCCUCAAUCAUGGGCCACAAGGCUCGUGUUCUUCCCAACGAGAAGACCAUUCGAAUGCACUACGCUAACUGUAACACUUACAACGCUGAUUUCGAUGGUGACGAAAUGAACAUGCACUUCCCUCAGAACGAACUUGCUCGAACGGAAGCUAUGACGCUUGCCGAUGCAGACCACCAGUAUCUCGUCGCGACCUCGGGUAAGCCUCUCAGAGGUUUGAUUCAGGAUCACAUUUCCAUGGCUACCUGGUUUACUUGCCGAGACGCCUUUUUCGACAGGGAAGACUAUCACGAGCUGCUGUACAGUUGUUUGAGGCCUGAGAAUUCGCACACAGUUUCUGAGAGGAUUCAAAUGGUUGACCCGGCGGUAAUCCGGCCGAAGCCCCUCUGGACUGGUAAGCAGGUGAUAACGACAAUUCUCAAGAAUAUUAUGCCACCUGGAAGAGCAGGCCUCAACCUUGACAGCAAGUCUUCAACGCCAGGAGAUCGAUGGGGAAAGAACAACGAAGAGGACAAGGUCAUUUUUAGGGAUGGUGAGCUGCUUUGCGGCAUUCUUGAUAAGAAGCAGAUUGGACCUACCGCAGGCGGUCUGAUCGAUUCCAUUCACGAAGUCUACGGCCACACGGUAGCUGGAAAGUUGCUCAGUAUUCUUGGACGCCUUCUGACCAGGUUCUUGAACAUGCGCGCCUUCACAUGUGGUAUCGAUGAUCUUCGAUUAACUGAGGAGGGAAAUCGCAUGCGUAAGGAGAAACUCAGCGAGGGACCGAAGAUCGGCCGCGAGGUUGCGCUCAAAUACGUGACGCUUGAUCAAACGAAGGUGCCAGACGAGGAUGCCGAAUUACGGAGACGUCUUGAAGAGGUUCUGCGUGAUGAUGAUAAGCAGAGCGGCCUCGACAGCGUAUCGAACGCACGGUCUGCGCAGCUGUCAACUGAGAUUACCAAGGCUUGUCUCCCAAGAGGCCUGGCGAAGCCCUUCCCUUGGAACCAAAUGCAGUCUAUGACUGUCACUGGAGCCAAGGGUUCCGCUGUCAAUGCUAACCUGAUUUCCUGCAACCUGGGUCAGCAAGUCUUGGAAGGUCGACGUGUGCCCGUUAUGAUUAGUGGUAAGACGCUUCCUUGCUUUAGGGCUUUCGACACGAACCCCAUGGCUGGUGGUUAUGUCUAUGGCCGAUUCUUGACUGGUAUCAAGCCUCAAGAGUACUAUUUCCACGCCAUGGCUGGUCGUGAGGGUCUGAUUGAUACUGCCGUCAAGACCUCCAGAUCCGGUUACUUGCAGCGCUGCUUGAUCAAGGGUAUGGAAGGUUUGCGUGCAGAGUACGACUCAUCAGUUCGAGAAUCUUCGGAUGGCUCUAUUGUCCAGUUCUUGUACGGAGAGGAUGGUCUUGAUAUCACGAAGCAAGUCCAUCUUCAGGACUUUGAGUUCUUGGCGUCCAACCAUAAAUCUAUCAUGGAGCAGGUGAACUUGCAGAAGUAUCACAACACUCUGGAGAAAGAGGCCGUAACGAACUGGCACAAGGAUGCGAUCAAGAAAGUGCGCAAGACCGGAAAACUCGAUGCCAUGGACCCGGUCCUGGCCCGUUACCACCCUGGGGGUAACCUCGGUAGCACGUCCGAGACAUUCGCCCAGGCGCUCAAGAAGUUUGAGGAUGAGAACAAGAACAAACUUCUCAAAGACAAGAAGAAGGGCAUCGAGACCAGCUUGACUAAGCGCGCUUUUAACUCUUUGAUGAACAUGAAGUACAUGAAUUCGGUCAUUGAUCCUGGUGAGGCCGUUGGUAUCAUGGCUGGACAGUCUAUUGGUGAACCGUCCACUCAGAUGACACUUAACACUUUCCACUUGGCUGGUCACUCUGCAAAGAACGUGACACUAGGUAUUCCACGACUUCGUGAAAUCGUUAUGACUGCCAGCAAGGAGAUCAUGACUCCGACAAUGACCCUUAUUCUGAACAAGGAGCUGCCCCGGGAGCACGGCGAGAGGUUCGCAAAGGCUAUCAGCAAGCUCAGUAUCGCCGAAGUCGUCGACAAAGUGCAGGUCAGAGAGAGGAUUUCUGCUGGUAGCACGAAGGCAAAGAUCUAUGACAUCGAAAUCACGCUUUUCCCUGCGGAAGAAUAUACUGCAGAAUACGCCAUCACCAUCAGGGAUGUGCAGUCUACUCUUCAGAACAAGUUCAUCCCUAGGCUCGUGAAGCUCACUAAGGCUGAGCUGAAGAAGCGAUACGACGAGAAGAAGCUGACAAACUCAGCUGCACAGCCUGAGCUUGGCGUCUCGGUUGGCACGGUCCAGGAAGCUCCCAGGGGCCGUGACGAUGAAGAGCAAGCUCCUGACGAUGAUGUCGAAGACGAUGAGAAUGAUGCCAAACGCGCUAGCGGAUCAAAGAACAGGUCGAACCAGGUCUCAUACGAAGGUCCCGAGGAGGACGAAGAGAGAAUGGUGCAACAGAUGGACACGCGCGAAGACGAAAGCGAGGAUGAGGACGACAAUCGUGACGUCGCAAUGGACGACUCGGAAGAGUCGGAAGAUGACGAGGGCCAUACCAAGGACUCGAGGCUGCGCGAGGACGACGUGCGAGGAAAAUAUGCCGAAGUCACGCAGUUCAAGUUCAACCCGCACAAGGGCUCAACCUGCACAAUCCAGCUGCAGUACGACAUCUCAACGCCCAAGCUCCUCCUCCUUCCUCUCGUCGAAUCAGCCUGCCGCAGCGCCGUCAUCCAGUCCAUUCCUGGUCUCGGAAACUGCACAUUCGUCGAAGAAGACAAGGCAAAGGGCGAACCUGCCUGCGUCGUCACCGACGGUGUCAACCUGCUUGCCAUGCGCGACUACCAAGAUAUCAUCCAGCCGCACACCAUCUACACCAACUCCAUCGAGCACAUGCGCAUUCAUUACGGUGUUGAAGCCGCUCGCGCCUCUAUUGUGAGGGAAAUGGACGCCGUUUUCAAGGGUCACAGUAUCUCCGUCGACAACCGUCACCUGAACCUGAUCGGCGACGUGAUGACGCACUCUGGUGGCUUCCGUGCUUUCAACCGCAACCAGCUCGUCAAGGACAUCUCUUCGCCGCUGGCUAAGAUGAGUUUCGAGACGACGGUUGGUUUCCUCAAGGAGGCGGUUCUGGAGCGCGACUGGGAUAACCUCAACAACCCCAGUAGUAGGAUCGUUGUUGGCCGAACCGGAAACGUCGGUACUGGCGCCUUUGACGUUCUUGCUCCUGUGGCAUAG